AUGGGAGGCAGGAUCGAUGCUUACAUAGACAUUGCAUCGCUGUAUAGCUAUAUCGCCUUUACUCACAUAAUCAAUAACCAAGCACUUCUUGCAGCUCAUGGAGUACAAGUAGAUAUUCACCCGGUCCUCCUCGGGGCCAUCAAUGCCGCUUCAGGAAAUAAACCACCAUGGACCCUCCCAGCCAAGGCAGUGUACGGCAACUUUGAUGCCCGUCGCUCCUCCGCUCGAGCGGGCAAGCCCGGCAUCACCACGCCGGAGAGCUUCAUGGAGCGAAGCAUGACAGUCGGCCCCCUUCGCGCCCUGCAUUUUAUCAAAGCGAACUACCCGGACGCCACGUACCAGACAGCCUGGCACUGGUUCCUCCACUGCUUCUGGGAACCCCCCAACCACAACCUCACGAAGCCCGACGUGCUGGCCAAGGCGCUCGUGGACGCGCCCAAGCAGUACCCGCCACCCGCCAACGGAACCGCCCAGGACAGGUUGUUUAGCGAGGCAGACGUGAAGAAGAUCCUACAGGGAGCCGGGUCCCAGGAGAUCAAGGACUCGGUCAAGGCAAAGACACAGGAGGCGAUUGACCAUGGUGCGUUCGGCGCGCCCUGGUUCUGGGCCGUGAACGACCAAGGCAAGGGCGAGCCGUUUUUCGGAAGCGACAGGUUUCACUUCAUCUAUGAGUAUCUGAGCGUCCCUUACCAGGACAUUGCCAUCUUACCGCCAAGAGGCAAGACGGAAACGAAGCUGUAG